UCUCAAAGAAAGACUCUCUGUCUCUAUUCCUCUCUCUCCCUCCCUCUCUCUCUCUCUGAACUUAGAAUCACAUUCUUUUCAAUUUUAGUUUUUGUUUCUGCGAUCUUCAGCCUCAAGGCUACUGUGCUUCUGGGCACCUCUUAAGUUCUCUGCAUUUUUUAGGGUUCUUUUGAUUCUGAAUUGGAUUACAACUCUGCUUUGCUAAAUUGCUGGCACUCUAUCAGUUCAUGAGAAUACCAAAAGUUUUGACCUGACCAGUGAACUGCCAAAGUAAAGGACAAGGUAUAGUACUCAGGACAUGGGCUGUCUGGUGUCCACUCCAAAGGAUUCUGGUGGAAAUAGAAGGAGACCAGGGAGUAUCGGGGAAGUUUCUGUCUAUGUUCCCGGUCUAAGAAUUCCUAAACCAGUUGAUUUUGCACAGUCACUUGGUGAUUACUUGUCCAAGAAUACAGUGGAACGUCUAUCUGCUCUUAGAACUCGUAUAGUUGUAAUGGCUAGCCAAGAAGGUCCGACAAUUACAAGAACAAAAAGAAAAAGUGCCACCCAACAUGGAGGUUCAACACUGUCUGAUCUUCAGCAGGCUCUUGAAGACUACUUGCCAGUACUUUUGGGAUUAGUCAAAGAUGGAAGCCAUUUACAAUACAAAGUACAAUUUGUUUGGGUGAAUCAGGAGGAUGAUGCAGAGGAAACAGCCAUGUCUAAUGCUUGGUAUGAAGUGUUGUCAGUUUUGCACUUGAUGGCAAUGCUAUUGCUAUCACAAGCUAAUUUAUUACUUCUUCCUAGAACAUCUACUGAUGGUAAUCAGCCAAAAGUAUCAGAAGAAAGCAGACGAGCUUCUGUUGAUAUCUUUUUAAAGGCGGCUGGGUUUCUGGAUUGUGCUGUCAGGAAUGUUCUUCCACAGUUGCCUGCUGAACUCAGGAGAAACUUACCAGUAGACCUUGCAGAAGGAGUUCUUCGAGCACUCUGUCUACAAGCAUUGGGACAGGGUGUGGAUAUCCAACUUGGAAUGGCAAUUGAUAGUACCAAAGCCACUCUUGCAGUGAAGCGUAGACUUGCAUGUGAGAUGGUGAAAUAUUGGCAACAGGCUCAAGAUAAUAUUAUGAACCUUCCGUUAGCAAAUGGUUGGGGUGAAAAACACCGCCUUUAUGUGAAAUGGAAGUAUGCUGAAGCAAAGGCUGCAGCAUAUUAUUAUCAUGGUUUGAUUCUUGAUGAGGGAAAUACAGAGAAAUCACAUGGGAUGGCUGUAGCUGCUUUGCAAGCAGCGGAUGAAUAUUUCAAAGAAAGUAAGAAGCUGUGCGAGGCGUUCAAUGCAGCAACUCCAUUGUCAAGAAAUCCACCACUUUGGGGGACCAUGAAAUAUCUCUGUGAAAAAAUUCCUAAGGAUACUUCAAGCAAGGUGCGGAUAAACCGCGAUCUGUACUCUUAUGAGAGAAUCAUGGAGACAGCACCAACAUUGCCUGAUUUUGCCUUGGCCUUGAAACCAGAUGACUAUCAACUUCCUCCGGUGGAUCCCUCUUGGAGAACAGAAAACGUGAAUGGGGGACAAACCGGUGCCCCCAACCAUCUCAAGGGAUGAUAAAUGAUAAAACCUUACCAAUUUGAAGACCUCAGAAAUGCCAGCUUAUCUUAAACAAGGAUGUUAGUCAACUUCAAGCUUCAAGCUAAGAAGGGUGGUUUUUCAAUGCUUGUCAAUAUGAGAAGAAAAUUUAACUAUUUCUGACUUUUUCUCUACGGUUUGCCUCUUUUCUUCUUAGAUUAAUUUCCUUCCUUCAUCCAAAUAUUUGAAAAAAAAGGGCCUGCAACUGGAAAUAGAGCUUCAAGUUGUGUUCAAUGUAAAUUGUCAACUGGGGGAAAUGAAAGGGUUUCCUUGCCAAUACCCAAAUAAUAAGAUUGCUGUUUUGUUUCAUAGUACAGGCAGUCAAAUCCUCCAUUUUUAAACCAAGUUGUUUAAGUGAUCGUGUGUAAAAUUGACUUGUGCAUUGCAGAGAAAGAAUGAUUUCCAUUAGGUUGCGUUAAAAUUCGAAAGAAUUUGAAGUGGACGGGAAUUUAGGACAUUUUAAACAAUAGUGUACCAUGACAAUUAAA